UUUUUUUCCGAGCCAACCCGAAUUGCAGAGUGAGAGAGAGACACCUCGUGGAUGGAGGGAAAGGAAGGAGGGUCCAAGUGUAUUCACCUUUUCAGUCCACACUGCCUUGCCGUCUCUCUCUCUCUCUCUCUCUCCUCCCAUGUGAUCACCAAAACAAUCAAACGAUCGUUUCCUCCUCCCUCUCACACGAACCCUAAAACACUGUCACACUUGCGUCCUCUACUCCCUCUCUCCCCCCCUCCAUAAUUCUAUUUCUCAUUCGUCAAUUCCUCUCUCUCUCUCUCUCUUCUGCACUUGUUUGUAUUAUACAGGAUCCACUGCUGCUCCUAAUUCUGCUACAAACCCCUCCCUCUAUUGCUUUUUUCCACCUUCAAUUGAUCAAUUGGGGGUCAAUUCGUGUAAAAUAGCGAUUGAAUUGGAGCGUCACAAGAUCUGCCGUUCGAUUGGAGGCCGUUUUCAUCUGCCACGAGAGGCUAUUAUCGUUUGGCGUUAUAAAACGAGGUUUGGAUCCGAUCGGGGGAGCAACAGCGCCAUUAGAUGGCGCUGUUCAGAAGGUUCUUCUACCGGAAGCCGCCGGAUCGGCUCCUCGAGAUCUCCGAGCGCGUCUACGUGUUCGAUUGUUGCUUCUCCACGGAUGUAUUGGAAGAAGACGAAUACAAAUUGUACAUGGGUGGCAUUGUAGCUCAGCUACAGGACUACUAUCCUGAUGCUUCGUUCAUGGUUUUUAACUUCAGAGAAGGGGAAAAGAGGAGCCAAAUUUCGGAUUUCUUAUCUCAGUACGACAUGACAGUCAUGGAUUACCCUCGGCAAUACGAGGGGUGUCCUCUGUUACCAUUAGAAAUGAUUCACCACUUCCUUCGGUCCAGUGAGAGUUGGUUAUCUUUGGAGGGGCAACAAAAUGUACUUUUGAUGCACUGUGAAAGGGGAGGAUGGCCUGUGCUUGCAUUCAUGCUUGCUGGUCUUCUGUUGUACAGGAAACAGUAUAAUGGUGAGCAAAAAACUCUUGAAAUGGUAUACAAGCAAGCUCCUAGGGAACUUCUUCAUAUUUUGUCUCAUUUAAAUCCACAACCUUCCCAGCUGAGAUAUCUUCAGUACAUCUCCAGACGGAAUUUGGGUUCAGAUUGGCCGCCAUCAGAUACGCCUUUAGCUUUAGAUUGUAUUAUACUUAGAGUCAUUCCUUUGUUUGAUGGAGGAAAGGGUUGCCGACCGGUUGUCCGCAUUUAUGGUCAGGACUCUUCUUCUACCACAGCCACUAGAAGUUCUAAGCUUCUAUUCUCGACUUUGAAGCCGAAGAAACGCGUUCGCCUUUAUCGACAGGAAGAGUGUGAACUAGUGAAAUUAAAUAUUCAUUGUCGCGUUCAAGGUGAUGUAGUACUUGAGUGUAUCCACUUGGGGGAUGACCUAGUAAGGGAGGAAAUGAUGUUCAGAUUUAUGUUCCACACUGCUUUUGUCCGGUCAAAUGUUUUGAUGUUGAACCGCGAUGAAGUUGAUGUUUUGUGGGAUGCGAAGGUCCAGUUUUCGAAGGAGUUCAAAGCAGAGGUACUAUUUUCGGACAGUGCUGCGGUUCCAUCUAUCAUCACCUCAGAAACGGAAAGCGAAGAUGGGAAUGAGACAGAAAGUGGGUCACCGGAGGAAUUUUUCGAGGUCGAGGAGAUCUUCAGUAAUGUAGUUGAUGGGCAUGAUGGAAAGGGAGACUUGGAUUCUCGUAUAGUUCAUGAGGAGAAUAAUAAGGUAAUAUGGAAGGAGGCUUUGGAACCUCAUGCAUUUCAGGACUGUGCACUGGAUUAUGGUAAUCACAAACAGGAUGGGAGGGUGGAUUCGAAAUUGAAUGUAGUCGAAGCCAUAGCUUUUGAUGAUAGGGAUGAGUCAGGCUCUACUUUAAAGAUAACUGAGCCCACUAGUUUAGAAGCCAAAGGAGUAACAGUAGAUAAGUGCGGAAAGUUAGAAGAGAUUGACACUAGUCAAGAGAAAGAUGACUCUGUUAUGCAGCAGAACAUAGAAAGGCAGGGUUCGCAGAAGAAGUUGGGUGCUCCUAUCAGUAGACAAAACUCUGACAAGUCACUCCCACCCACACCAAAGAAACAGCAAACUCCGAAUGCAACACCUGCUGCAGAUUCAACGGCUGCAAAACAAAAAAAUAAACAGGCGAAGCCAAAUAUAGUAUCUCGGUGGAUUCCUCCUAACAAAGGUUCUUACACUAAUUCAAUGCACGUAUCAUAUCCACCAUCAAGAUACAAUAGUGCACCACCUGCAUUGGCUCUCAUUAAGGAUUUUCAUGGAAGUGGCAACUCAAAGGGUUCUGCUGCCUCUGGAGUUGUGGUUGCAACUGAUGAUGUACCUGGAUCUCCAAGUAAUGAAGUUGAUAAUAUAAGAAGUUCAGACAGUGAACCAGUGAAGCACACCUCCUGUCCACCAUCAUUGGAUGUACAGCCAUGUCAAAUAACUGCCCCUCCUCCAUCUUCACCACCACGGCAUGUGAGCCCAGCUCAAGUUGUUUCCCCUCCCCCUCCCCCUCCUCCUCCUCCUCCCCCUCCAUAUUUCAACAAGUCUUCAACUGCGAUUUUUCUCCAAGAUCCUCCAAUACCUCCGCAAGCACUAGCAAGAAAGGCCUCUCCACCUCCCCUUCUGCCUCCUCCACCUCCCUCUUCUAGCUUUACAUUCUAUACUUCUUCGCCUAAAUCUUCUUUGCAACCUGCUUCCACUAUGCAUGUGCAAGCAAACAGUAGACCCCCUCCUCCACCGCCACCUCCACCGCCCACACGUAAUGCAGUGUUUAUUUCUCCACCGCCGCCACCUCCACCUCCUCCUCCUCCACCCAAAAGCUUAAGGGCAACAUCGCAUGGAAACCCUCCCCCUCCUCCUCCUCCCCCUCCCCCUCCUGCACCACCUUGGAAUAUGGGGGCUUCUACAAUUGCCACUGUGAAUUUAUUAAGUUUCCCUUGCCCUUCUCCUCCGCCAUCCCCUCCUAUCCUAAAAGCAUCUUAUACCUCAAUACCUAUUCCUGUAUUGCCUCCUCCACCUCCACCACCUCCACCUUUUAGUCGUGGGACUCCACCUCCAUCUUCUGCUCCACCAUCACCACCAUCACAACCCCCUCGUCAGGGUGCUCAUCCAUCACCCCCGCCUCCUCCACCACCCCAGCGUCCACAUGGUUCUCCAUUGCCACCUCCUCCUCCAAUAUGUGCAGCUGGAGGCCCACCGCCCCCACCUCCUCCUCCCACGCGUGGAGGCGCCCCACCUCCACCACCUCCUCCUCCAAGUCGUGGCCCCCCACCUCCACCUCCACCUCCUCCCACGCGUGGAGGAGCCCCACCUCCACCUCCUCCUCCUCCUCCCACGCGUGGAGGAGCCCCACCUCCACCACCUCCUCCCCCUCCCACGCGUGGAGGAGCCCCACCUCCACCACCUCCUCCCCCUCCCACGCGUGGAGGAGCCCCACCUCCACCACCUCCUCCUCCUCCAAGUAGUGGUGCCCCACCUCCACCUCCUCCUCCAAGUCGUGGUGCCCCACCGCCACCUCCUCCUCCAAACCGUGGAGCCCCACCUCCACCACCACCUCCUUUAGUUGGAGGGCCACCUCCACCACUCCGUGGAGCACCGCCGCCACCUCCUCCCCCUGGUGGUCGUGCACCGGGCCCCCCUCCACCACCUGGACCACCAAGGCCUCCAGGGGCUGCCCCGCCACCUCCACCCUUGGGUUCCAAAGGACCAGCUGCAGGUGGACCUCCCCCUCCACCUCUUGGAAGAGGGCGUGGGCUUUCACGUCCUACAACACCUGCUUCAACCCCUCGAAGAUCCACCUUAAAGCCUCUACAUUGGAGCAAGGUAACCAGGGUUUUGCAAGGAAGCUUAUGGGAGGAAUUGCAAAGAAAUGGAGAGCCUCAAAUUGCGCCAGAGUUUGAUGUGUCAGAACUUGAGACUCUUUUCUCUGCAACAGUCCCGAAGUCGGAUUCAGGUGGUAAAUCUGGAGGGCGGCGGCAGUCCGUUGGAUCUAAAACAGACAAAGUUCACCUGGUUGACCUGAGGAGGGCCAAUAACACUGAAAUUAUGCUCACAAAAGUUAAGAUGCCACUUUCUGACAUGAUGGCUGCUGCACUGGCGAUGGAUGAAUCAAUUUUAGAUGCUGAUCAGGUGGAAAAUCUUAUAAAAUUUUGUCCAACUAAAGAAGAAAUGGAGCUUCUUAAGAAUUUUACUGGUGACAAAGAGAGCCUGGGGAAAUGUGAACAGUUCUUUUUGGAGCUGAUGAAGGUGCCCCGGGUGGAGUCAAAACUAAGAGUGUUUCUUUUCAAGAUUCAAUUCAAUUCUCAGAUUUCAGAUUUUAAGAAGAGUUUAAACGCUGUGAACUCUGCAUGCGAAGAGGUUCGAAAUUCCCUCAAAUUGAAGGAAAUCAUGAAGAAAAUCUUAUAUCUGGGGAACACAUUAAAUCAGGGAACUGCAAGAGGUGCUGCAGUUGGAUUCAAGUUGGACAGUCUGUUAAAACUCAUUGACACACGUGCUUCCAACAACAAGAUGACACUGAUGCAUUAUCUUUGCAAGGUCCUUGCCUCCAAGUCACCAGCGCUUUUGGACUUCCAUGAAGAUGUUACAAGUUUGGAAGCUGCAUCAAAGAUACAAUUGAAGUCCUUAGCAGAAGAAAUGCAAGCUAUUAUAAAAGGACUUGAAAAGGUAAAGCAGGAGCUUGCGGCAUCUGAGAAUGAUGGCCCCGUAUCUGAAGUUUUCCGCAAGACAUUGUCCGAAUUUAUUGGGAUAGCUGAGGCAGAAGUGGCAUCUGUAACGCAUUUAUAUUCAGUGGUGGGCAGAAAUGCUGAUGCGCUGGCCCUGUAUUUUGGUGAAGACCCCGCCCGAUGCCCAUUUGAGCAAGUUACUGCGACCCUCUUAAACUUUGUGAGGAUGUUCAGAAAAGCACAUGAUGAGAACUGUAAACAGGCCGAAUUAGAGAAGAAGAAAGUUCAGAAGGAGGCUGACAUGGAGAAAGCAAAGGGAAUUAACUUGACAAAGAAAAGUGGGAAAUAGCUGUCAUUAUGUGCUGUGGCUUUGUUCCCCCUCGACGAGGACUUGUGGUUCAGACAUUGGGGUCUUCUGCAUUGGUUACUGAAUCGUGUCCGAAGACACUUCUUCAGUUAUGCCCCCUCUCUUCAAUAGUGUCAUAUUGAUUUGAUAUUUAAGUGGAUUGAAGAAAACUAUAUGAGAGGGUUCCUUCCGGAGGCUCGCAGACCUUCUGUUACUUUGAACAGCUCAGCUGCAAUUUCUGGAGCAAGUGCCAGGUCAUGACUCGGAGUGCCAGGUCAUCACUCGGAUUCUUGAAGCCGGUUGAUCUAUCAUACGUGAUAUCAUUGGGACUCUCCUAAUGUGAAUAAAUGAUCAGUGAGAACUUUUGAUUGGGACGUAGGGCUUGGCUUGGUAUCAGGGAUUACUGUUCUCUGAAAGAAUGAUGUUCUCCCUAUGAUUUUUCAUAGGAUCGGAUCUGGCAGUUUCAAAUUGCAAAUAUGGAAGAAGAAUUUGGUGAUAUUUGGUUUGGCAUUUCAGCGCCAGAGCACUCGGGACUGUAAAGCACUACCCAACAAUGUACCACGGACCAUGUACAGUUUCUAACCUUGUAUUUUACAUUCAAAUUUGAUUCUUUCCAUUGAAACAUAGAUUUAGGCUCCCUACUUAACAGAAUAGAAAGUGUAGAAGUAGGUCAAUUUUUUCUUACAUAUUGAGAUUUUUAUAGGAAUUCAUCACCAAAUUUUUGUAUAGCUAUAGAAGGUUAGGAUACAGGAAGUGGGAGUAGGAAACAGGUUCUCUCCUCCGUGUAAUUGUAAUAUAGAAUAAGAUUAGGCAGUUGGAUUAGAAACUUUUGAUUCAUAUAAUUGAUUCUCACGUAUUUAGUUAGAACAUUCUCUUUUAUUUGACACGAAAGCUUCUUUUC